UGAGGGUUACAAAUGAUUAUGAAUAUUUUGGGUUGCAGUCUCGAGUUGAAUUAGGAAGAUUCGAGCUUUAUAAGAUUGUGCUAUAGGGAUUACUGAGGUUGGAGUUUAACUGUAUUUCGUCGCUGAAUCUGAAAUGUAAGUCAUAUGUGUAAAAAUUUUAGAUAUUUGACGAUGUAGUGUUGGUGCACUGUACCCAAUGACGGGGAAACUUUUGUGUUGGACAUUCUGGCAGGUGAGAUGUUGGCAGCAGAGCCAUCAAGCGGUUGACGUGUGUAUAUCGGGGUCCUCCAAAACAUAAUUGCGUUAAUGUAAGUGUGUGGGUGUGCCUAUUUAGAUUAAUAGUAGUUAAUCCGCAAAUAUUUACAACUUGUAUCGUUCCGAAAUGUGAUAUUACUUUACUAAUUUCGGUAAGUACCGGUGAAACUCACUUUCCACUUAAAGUAGGCCUAAAUUGAAGUAUUUGUUUAUAACCUACAAACGAAUUAGGAAUGUCCUGAGUUAUUAGGUUCAUGUCGGUUGAAGCACUGAACUGGUAGUGUUGGGUGCUGGUAGGUAUGACAUGGGGUGAUGAAGAUGCCACAACACUACGUGUGUUUGGUUGCAAGUCCGUUGUACAGGGAUGCCUGACAGAGUAGUAGAGAAGUGGACUUGGCCCACUGAGGCUGUCCCAUCAGCUUCACCAGAACCACGCCGUUGUGGUGACAAGACAUGGAAUUGAAAGUCUGGGUUGAAGGAAUUCAGAGGAUAGUUUGUGGAGUCUCAGAUAAUACAACAUGUCAGGAUGUUGUGUAUGCAUUGGCCCAUGCUACAGGCAAGACAGGACGAUUUACACUCGUUGAGCGCUGGCGCAAUAAUGAGCGACUUCUUGCUCCCCAGGAGCACCCUCUGAAGAUUCUCACUAAAUGGGGUGAGUAUUCAAAUGAUGUGCAGUUCAUCCUGCAGUGGUCUGCAUUUGAUGGGACAAAGCAGCAGCCAGGAGGACAGCAACUUCCAUCGAGGCUGAAGAUGGCGGACACUCUGCACAGCGUCACUGCCGCCUCACCACAAGAUGCCGUAUCACCGUCAGACCGAAACAAGGACAUACGAAAGUCCCUGACAUUCAGCGGCGGUCAUCAUAUCGGUCGUACGGGAGAGAACGUGGGCGUGGUGAAGGCUCGGCCGCUACUAGAGGUGCAGUCUGAGGAUCGAACCGCGAACGAUGUCACGAAGCCUUCUCGGUGUCAACUGUCGGAUGAAGAGCCCACGCCCCGCGGCUCCCCCAGUCAUCAUGGCAGUAGCGAUGGCACCGCAUCUCCAUAUGGUUAUUGGGGUAAAAGAGAAGCUCCUCCAUACCGUGAUCCUCCUGGUCCGGCAUCUCCGCUGCAGCGCACGUUGCCCCCAUACAGGCACACACCUGGGCCUUCACCCUCUCAGGAUGUUAGGCCCAACACGCAGUCAGCACCUCCCAUUUCUGCUGGCAAGAUGAAAACAAAACGAAACUUACUAAAGGACUUCCAGCAGAAUGAUGGAGAUUCACACAAAGAAGCAGUGCUGUUCAAUGCCCAGUACAGAGACCUGGUGUGUCUUGUCAAUUACCAGAGGGAGAAGCUGUCCACCCAACAGGCAGAGCUCACCAAGUUUGACGCGGAAAUCGUGUUCUGGGAAGGGAAAACUCGUGAGCAGCAUCACCAGAUGGAGUUCCUGGCGCAAGAGGCUGCACGAAUUGAGGUCGCAGCCCGGCUUGGCGAGGAGCAGCUGAGGUUACUUGGUGGUGUUGAGGAGGAGAGCGAGAUAGUACGACAGCAGGAAAAGACACUUAAGUCAGAGCUAACAUUGUUACGUUCCAAGCUUGCAAACUGCGAGACAGAACUGCUUCAGUGUAAGAAUAAGAUUCGGUUGGUGCUGGAGGAGUUGCAGUUGGAGCAGCGGUCGCAAGUUCGGGAGUCGGAAGACCGUCAGUCUCUGGAGCGGUCGCUUCUGGGAGAGGUAGAACGGUUACAGCAUGAGGUGGAGCAGGCAAAGCAGGGCACUGAGAUGUCUGUACAGUGUGGUGAGAGCCUCAAAAGGGAGGUUCAGUCGCUGGAGGCAGCCAUUGCAGACAAGAAGCAGCAGGUGGAGCGCCUGGUGGCAGAGAUGAAAGAGGCAAAUCUAGAGAGCCUGGCAAUCGCACCAGCUGAUGAGGUGAAGCACCUGCUGGAAGGAUCCACAUUCUGCCUAGGCCCACACAAGCCAGGCAGCACCCGCAGGAUGAUAGGAUCGCCAAGGCAACUAGAGAAUGCUGUUCCGACCAGCAAGAACCCACAUGGCGUCUGGGUGUGACACCAAAGUACAGUAGAGAAUGUAGUGUAGCACAUAUAGAAAUGCUUUCAUGAAUGCAUAAAUCAUGGCAGUGGUUCUCAAGGCUCUACAAUAGGACUACCUCACUGGCCUUCAGCAAGGAUUAUUUCUGCAGCUGAGAUGUUUUGCCCAACAGCCGUACCAUUGCAGCCUCAUUUUGAAGUAUUGACAUACUUGUCUUAAGGUUUAAUUUUACUUAUUCCAAAUCAGAAGCUCAGUAUUAAAAUCCUUCCAUUUAAGGUGUGUUCAAAUCCACUGUUCUCUUUGAGAUACCUAAAUGGGAAUCUCAUUGAAUAAUAUAUAUGAAAUCCUUUAGUUGAGUGACCUUUUUUCCGUCUCUGGUCUGCUUGGUAGGCGGCCAUGACAGAAUUCUUGCCGUGCAAAAGCAGUCUUACACGUAUUCAUUGCUUUAUGUUUUGUUCCAUCAGUUGACAGCCAAGCAAGCUAAUCCUUGAGAACCACAGAGGGCAAAUGACCCUCCUCAUCUGGACUUUCUAAUCAUUUGACUGCGAAUUGUCAUGAUGUGUCUGUUGCGUCUCCUGUACACAGUUCAAUGCCUUUACCAGCGAUUCAUGAUGUUCAGAAUCCCGUGACUGGAGAUUUUGUUGCUUACUGACUGUAGGGGCUCCGUCUCCCUCUGUGGUGGCUGAAUAUGGAAUAUUCUGUGUGCGCGCGCACGCACAUGUGUGAAUGCUCACUUGCACACGUUUGUGUGUGUUCUGUCAAAGUACUGGGAUAGUUGGAAACAAAAAACUGGAUGUCUUUCAGGCAUGAUUGAAUCCCUGUUAAGCUCUCUGCAUGUCUGUGUACACGUGCACUUGCUUAGAAUGAACACAUUGUUAUUAUAUUUCAUAUUUAGUCUGCUUUUAUGGUUUAUUAAUGUUUAAAAUUAAAUAUUUGGUUAUUCCGUCAAAUCACAAUGUAUUUAAAAUAAGAUAAUU